UUUUCAUUGAUAUAUAAUAUACACUGAAAAACGAAUGAAAAUUAGUAUCUUUUAUUUUAAUGAUUUCGUGUUUGUUUUUGAUUUGGUAUCUCGGAAGAAAUAAAUGCCGUCGAUCGUGCCCGAGACUAACGAACAUGAACCUCUUAUUUCUGAAAAAGAAACUAACGUGUCCGGUAAAGGGACAUUAUCUCUACAUCCUAAGAAGGCGCCGACAGGUCGCAAAUAUUCUAUCAUGACAGCAUGCAUGGUCUUACAGUUUAUAACUGUUGGGUUUGGUUAUGGACUGAGCGUCCUCUAUGUUGAAGUUAUCCGCGUGUUUAACUCACCUAGGUCAGAAGCAGCGCUCAUACAGAGUUUAUAUUUCGGUACAAUGACCGGAGGUGGGGUGUGUUGGGCUUGGCUAAUCAAUAUUGCCGGACCAGGACGUUGUGUGACGGGUGGAGCUAUUUUAGGCUGUGUUGGGUUUCUUGUAAGUGGUUUUGCGAUCAACGUGCCAAUGAUUGUUGCCUUUACUGGUGGUAUUGCAGGUAUUGGUAUGAGCCUAUGUUACCUAGGUUCGUUUAUAACAGUGAGCUGGAUCUUCAAUGAAAACCCUGGUGUGGCACUAGUGUUCCUUACAACUGGCUCGAGUCUUGGACAAGUUGUAAUGCCAUAUGUCAUUGAUGUGUUUAUAACUGAGUUUGAUUGGAGUGGCGCCUACAUGCUGCUGGCAGGAAUAGCGUUAAAUUGUGCCGCCUGUGGUAUUCUCAUACAUUGUAGCAGUGGGUUCUUUCACAAAGGCGAAAACCAAGAUAUGGAAAGUUCUUUUUGUAACAGAAUAUGUGACAAGACACUACUGACAGACCCCAUUCUUUUGAUGACUCUGUUAAAUGUUCUUCUGUUAGCGACCACAGGUCCGAUCGAAGCCUGGUUCCUGGUAGACCUUAUGGUAAUCCGGGGAUAUGAAAGAGAAAUUGGUUCCCUGUUUGUUUCCCUGACAGGAUUUGCUAAUUUUCUUGGCAGGGGCAUAGGGGCUGUUUUGCGACUGUUUUGCAAAGUUCCAACUGUGUAUCACUGGGUUUACCUAGCACCAAUAGUUGCCGUCAGCCAUUUCUUAGUUGUGAGCUUCUACGAUUAUUGGCCGCUUUUCGGAGCCAACCUACUUUACGGUAUAUCGUUUGGUAUAACAGUGGCACAGGAACCAGCCAUAAUGUUUGAAGCUUCCGGUCUGGAGCGGUACCCAAAGGGGAUAGCAUUAAUGAACCUUAUGUACGGUUUGGGGAACUUUUUUGGUGGUCUAAUAGGAGGUGUAAUAAAGGAUGAGUUGGGAACAUAUGACAUGUUGUUCUACAUUGCCAUCGGUGCAAGUUGCUAUGUUUCCAUAGCGACACUUGGAAUUAUUUUCUGUAUGCGGAAAGCAGGAACACUUCAUAGACAUGUGCGUAUAGAUACAGAUGUGGAAAAUGUUACACUAAUUCGUUAUAGUGUUACAAAAGAUGAAAUGAACGAAGUGUCAAAUCAGACAAAACCUUUGUUAAGUAAAAACGUUUCACAAUUGUCUUACAUGUAUUUGUUUGCACGUUUAAAUCAAAUGUCAAAUAAGCUGAACGGUUGUAUUGAAUUAUAUGUCGCUUUUUCCCUUACAGGUAUACUCUUCUCUGGAAUGAUAACGAAAUUAGGACCUGGCAAAAGUAUUGUACUCGGGGGUAUUGUUAGCAGUAUUGGCUUAUUUGGCAGUGCAUUUGCUAAAAGUCUUGCACACAUUAUAAUUUGUACUGGAGUUAUAACAGGUUCAGCAAUGUCCAUUACAUUUCUGUCAGCAUUUAUAACAACAAGCGCCAUGUUUCCAGAUGCCAGCCUUUAUCUUAUCAUCCUAACAAGUGGACACAGCAUCGGACAAUUCGUUAUCCCGUUGUUAUACGAGCGUUUCAUAUCACAAUAUUCCUGGUCUGGUGCAUUUAUUCUUGUCUCUGGGGUUUCACUUUAUUAUGUUCCAUUUGGACUUUUGAUACAUUGCUCAAGGGGUUUUCUUGACACUGCAGAAGAAGCAAACAAAACAAACUCCAAUAAAUGCUGUGAUACAACAUUGACAAAGGACAUUGUUAUCUGGAUUCUGAUGAUGAACAGUUUUGUUUUAUUUCUGACAUUUAACGUAGAAUCCUGGUUUAUUGUGGAUCAUAUGGUUUCUCGGGGGUUUACCCGUGAGUCUGGCUCUUUACUGGUAUCUGUUCUAGGAAUAGGAAGCUUUAUUGGACGAUUUGUUGGAGCAUUGUUGCAAUAUAAAAUAAGAUGGCCGACCGUUUACCACUGGGUAUAUCUGUAUAUUUUCACUGCAAGCCUACAUGGGAUCAUCAUUAAUUUAAAUGAGUUUUGGGGCCUCGCUGUGUCAUGUCUCUUAUAUGGUGUUCUCUUUGCUAUUAUCUCGUCACAACUUCCGGCCAUUGUCUUCGAGGCAUCCGGGCCCGACAGGUAUCCAUACACUAUGGCAAGGAUAAAUAUGAUGUGUGGACUUGGUGAUGUGUUUGGGCCUUUGUUAGGAGGGUUUACGAAGGACAUGUUUGGAGUAUACGACGUUGUGUUUUAUAUCGCUGUCACUGGAAGCAUUUUUAUCAGCGCAACAUCAUUUAUAAUUGCUUGUAUUUUAAGGAAAAGAAGUGAGCAAUCCAGUUCGAGGAAAAGAGAAAUCGAGGUCAAAUAA